AUGACUGGUUCUGGUUCUCCCUGUGGAGCCUGCAAAUUCUUGAGAAGGAAAUGUGUGAGAGGCUGUGUUUUUGCCCCUUACUUUUGCCAUGAACAAGGCGCUACUCAUUUUUCAGCCAUUCAUAAGGUUUUUGGUGCAAGCAACGUCUCUAAGCUUCUCUCUCACCUCCCUGUAAGCGACCGUUGUGAAGCUGCAGUGACCAUCUCUUAUGAAGCUCAAGCCAGACUUCAGGAUCCUAUUUAUGGCUGUGUUUCCCAUAUCUUCACCCUCCAACAACAGGUGGUUAAUUUACAAGCACAGCUAGCUUAUCUGAGGGAACAGGCAGCUCAGAGCAAUAUUCUGAAUGCUUCUGUCACUGAAAACCCUAAUAAACCUGCUGCUUUCUCUGAUCAUGAUCUUCAAAAGUGGUUCCAGCCGGAGAAUUCCAACACAGGGACCCAAUUUCUUCCCAGCUCGUCUGAUAUUAAUUCUUUUGCAACACAGUGCUACGGAAACUACACAACUCCCUUCGUGAAUCCAAACCCUAUUGGGGAUUAUAAAAGCUCAGGAACCAUGGAAGACAGUGGUUCAUUGUCGAGCUUUCAUGGGGAGACCAAUUGUAACUCCGUGUCCUUCGACAUGCAAACAAGCAAUAGGCAGUGGGACUUUCACGAAGUGGAUGACCUUCAAUCAGUGGCUUUUGGUUACAGUGAUGACCACAGAUCAGCUUCAUGAAAAACUAAUGGUGAACGACGUAUCAAUUUUGAAUGCUAGUUGCUGCAUAUAUAUUGUGAAGAACAUAUAUGCGCUAGCUAGCAAUCCUUCUGUGUUGCCAUAUAUAAAUAAGCUAGCUAGGAAGCCUAGAAAUU